CAACAACGGGAGAGCCUUCUCCUGGGGCUCCUCUGUUUUACCACGACGUUGAUCUGAGUGAAAAUAAUCCCUUUGAAAGUUAGUACCUCUAAACUACUAACCCCUCUACAAGAACGAAGGAACGAACUUGGUGUCCUUUUCCGCGUUCCCUGCUCCUAGCAGAAUGGUUUCUUGCUUUGGGUCCUCUUGCGUCAACAUGAUGAUCUGUUCACAAGAGCUGCGGCUGCGCCAUCAGAACAAUUCUCGUCUAUACCGCGUUGAUUUCACUUGAGAGGUGUCAGUUGUGUGUCCCCUGAGCAGGCCGGUGAGCAGAAGCUGCAAAAAGUCAGAGUUGUUUUUAGCGCCGACGAAACCAACAGCAACAAGCCGAGUUGAUUUUGGGUGUCCAAAAAUGGCGACGUAGACGUACUAGAGGUGCUUUCUGCUACUGUAAAGGAAGGUGGAUGCGUGAACGGCCUUCUAUUUUUUUGUGCAAGAGGACAAAACUGCCCUCGCUACUUCGCUUUAUUAAACGCUGCUUUUCGACAUGGUAUUCCUAUUCCUCACACGACAACGUUAUUCCUAGGUUCUUUGUGCGGUAGAGGUAGAAAUUCGUUUUCUACACCGGAAGAAGAUCACAGAAAGCAAAAAUGGCGUCACGAGCAGGCGCUGGCUCCCGAGGCGGUGGCAGGAGAAAACUGACGUAUAUAGACAUUUUCACAUGGCACACGAACUACAAUUUUUUCGUGCAGGAAGUGCGUGAGCAAGUCUGUGUAUGACAUGACACGACGACGACCCGUAGUGCUGCGGAAGCUGCUGGUGCAUGAUAUGAAAAAUCGACUGCUUCUUCUUUCCAGGUACGAGAGACCAGGUUUGACGGAGGAUGAAAUCGACGAGAUCAGGGAAGCAUUCAACCUGUUCGACACAACAGGUAUGACACUCAAACUUGUUUCUGAUGCGCAUGCGCUGAAUUACAACUUCAUUUCAUGCGAGGCUUAUAAUUUGUCGUGAAUCUAGAUCUAGUUUUAGUGAUAGAGACGAUCGAGAAAAAGAAGAACAAAUAAAACUGCUCAAAGGUAGCGGCACCAUCGACCCCAAGGAGCUGAAACACGCAAUGCAAAGCUUGGGCUUCGACUCAAAAAAUCCAACGGUACAACGGUUUUUCUAUCUAAUGCUGCCCACCACUGAACAUGAACAACAUGCAUGAUGAGGAGCAUGAUCAUGAUUCCAUUCUCGCAUUCUCUUUUCGACGCCGAUAACUAGACUUCAUAGGUGGUUUGAUGCUGCAAUUUUCCAUACAACUGACUCCAAAAACCCAGGUAUUCCAGAUGAUCCAGGACCUGGACCGAGAUAUGUCUGGCAUGAUCGAAUUCGAGCAAUUUCUGGACGCAAUAACCGCCAAGCUCGGCGACAAGGAGACGCGGGAAGGCAUCUCCAAAAUUUUCGCGCUUUUCGACGACGAUAAGACGGGAGCCAUCACUUCGAAAAACCUGAAGAGAGUGGCGAAGGAACUCGGUAUUUGAUUGGCUUUGCAUUUUCCGCAUCGAUAUAGAAAUAGAAACAAAGCGAUAAUUCUUAUUUUCAGAACAAGAAAACCGAGUUCUGACGAGACGGCCAAAUACUAUGUAUGAAAAUGUACCUAUACUACAAAGGUGAAACGAUGUCCGACGAGGAACUGAGGGAAAUGAUCGAGCGCGCUCUAUGCAUUGCAAAAGUGUCAGGGAAAGCUCAGUGAGCAGCGUCGCGGUUGUAGAAUCUUUUUCACGCUGGUGUAUCGAAGAUAUUCCAACGUUCUUGUUUGAUGCGGUAAGUAAACAUAUCAAUGAAUACUACAAAAGCUCUCAAAAUCACAAAGCUGCAUGCCUAGCGGGUAGAAGAAAGAUCUACUUCGAAAAUGAAUAUCUCACUGCGCGACCCUGGCACUUUUCCUCGUAAUACGCAGACAGUAUGGGCAAUGGCGAGAUUUCAGUAGAGGACUUUUACACAAUCAUGACCAAGAAGACAUUUCCAUGA